UUUUGAGGUCAGCGGUAUUUUUGUACAACGAAUGUUUUUUUCCUAAUUAAUGCGACAGACGAGUAUAUACAUUGAAACUAUAGUUUUAUGUUUUCGCCAUAUGUAUUGAUAACGAUAAUACAUUGUAGUGUAAUUUGCCUCAGUGUGGAUGUUGUCGAUUUUUUUACAAGAAAGUGGAAGUCGAUGAGUUCUUUUAUAGUGGUCAUAUACAAAGUAUGGCUAAACGUUUCCCAAAGCUUGAUUCGGAGACAUUUCUAAACUGGUUGAAACUAGGAAGCAAUUCAUUACACAAAAGAAGGAAUCGAGCCUUUAGUUAUUGAAGACGCAGAGCAAUUCCAGCAAGAAAUACUGAAAGAAGUUUACACACAGAAAGGGGUUAGAAGGGGAACAAUUUGCUGCAGCUGUUGUAUAGAAAAUGUACUUUUCUGUCCAACGAAGGACUUUUGUAACAGGAGUAGGGGUACACAAUGCAGUAUUCAUGGUCAGCCCGGAAGGCAACAUAGGCCAUGUCCGAACAACAUCUGUGACAAGUUUGUUGAUAAAAUAAGAAGUGAACAUCGGUUCUCAAAACCGUCAUGGAAGAAUACCAAUGCCGAACGUUGGUGUACUGAACCAGUGGAGUUGGUCAAAUGUUUCAUGCCAAGAGAAGGAUAUGCCGACGCAAUUACUUUCCAAGACGUAGAUUUUAAUGGCGUUUUGAAUGUUAUUAUCAAUAACAAAAGAUUUCAAACCAAGUUCACAGAUGAUUUGUCAAAGACAAGCAACGACAUCAUUAAGGCACGUGAAGUUGGCAAAGCAUUCCGUCACUGUCCUGAUCUUGGGGUUGAUGACGCAUCCUUUGAAGAUUAUAUCGAUAUAUUGGUGAAUGUAUUAUCAGAUACAAAAUGCCUCAUGCAUCAGAAGAAGGCCCAGGAUGCAGUCAAGAUUUUAAAUGAGUUGAAGGUAGAAAGCCUGAAUGUAAGUUCUUCAGAUGUAACAAACGCAAUUGAAGAUUUCAUAAAGCAGCAACGUCAGAAUCUGUCAGAGGCAGCAAACGAAAAAGUAGAUUACAUAAAUACUCAAGGUGAGAGACUAAAUAGACAAAUGCAGGAGGCACAGAUGGCAUUUCUACGUGAAGUUGCAAAUUCAGCUAACACUUUCAAUCAACUUACAACUGACAUCUUGCAAGAAAUCAUAUCAUCCAAAAUCUGCGCAAUUGUUGAAAUUGAAGAGUUAGCAAAAAGAGAGAAAAGGGCAGUCAUCAAAGAAGGAAAAACUUUAAAACGUAAAGCAUUAAAACACAAACAGUCAUUAGGCCAAGAAUCAAAACGAUUGCGAAUGACUUUAAAAAAAGAGGAAGAAAGGGCUGUCGCCAGUAUGAGAAGAAGUGCAUCAUCUUCAAGAGCGCUGGGUGAACGAAUAUCCGAAUCAGAAGACUAUCCUAAAUUAAAGAGUGAAUUGCGGAAAGACUUGAUAGAGUUAUGCCGAAAACUACAUAUAAACCUGCCUGUAUCACCGGUUCGAGAAGAAAACGAGGUGCCUUUGCUACAGUUCUAUGUAUCACCCACUUUGAAAUGUAAGGAAUAUGAAAAGGGGCCGUACAUAAAUCAAGAUAUAGACCAAAGCCGGCAAAUAUCAUCAUAUCAUGAGAUUUUCUUCAAAGAAUCCAAAGAAUGUCAAGACAUAUAUUUAGCAUCACCUGCAGCACUGGGAAAACCUCUUACGUCAAGCGUAUGACUCUAGCUUGGUGCUUUUCUCAAUCUCCGAAAGAAGAACAGAAAAUGUAUUUCACUGAGGAAGAGGUGAACACCAUGAAAGGCUUCGACUUUGUUUUCCUAUUAUCCAUGAGAGAAACAAGCCAGCUCGAAAGCCAUGUUGAUGA